GAGUCUCUACGUGGGGAGGGAGAAGAAAGGGGAGAAGAGGAAUACGAGGAAAGGCAGAUACAACAGAAACGGGGGGAGGACGGUGGAUGAUUUACGCUUCGGAAGUUGCAAUACAGCCGGGUUAAAGAGUUGUGGCGAAGAGGAAUACAACAAGAUGAUAACGCCUUACUUCAUAGAAAAUUUCUGGGGGGAAAAAAACAAUGGCUUUGACGUGCUGUACCAUAAUAUGAAACAUGGCCAAAUUUCCUCCAAGGAGCUGACGGACUUUAUCAGAGAAAGGAGUACCAUUGAGGAAACCUAUGCCAGGUCGAUGACCAAACUCGCCAAGUCAGCUGGCAACUUUUCUCAGCUUGGCACCUUUGCUCCAAUGUGGGAUGUGUUUAAGAUCUCCACAGAGAAACUGGCCAGCUGUCACAUGGAGCUCGUCAGGAAACUACAGGAACUCAUAAAAGAGGUGCAGAAGUAUGUGGAAGAACAGGCCAAAGCACACAAAAAGACUAAAGAAGAGGUAGCCUCCACCCUAGAGGCGGUCCAAAACAUCCAGACCACAUCUCAGGCUCUACAGAAGUCCAAGGAGAUCUACAAUGCCAAAACAGUGGAGCAGGAGCGGCUUCGCAAAGAGGGCGCCACUCAGAGAGACGUGGACAAGGCUGGAGUGAAAGCCAAAAAAGCCACAGAGACCUACAAAGCAUACGUGGAGAAGUACGCCAGCGCCAAGUCAGAGUUUGAACAGAAGAUGGCUGAAACUGCACAGAAAUUUCAAGACAUUGAAGAAAAUCACGUUCACCACAUGAAAGUCAUCAUCCAGUCGUACUCACAGUCAGUGGAGGAGACGCACGUUCAAAUAGGAGAGCUUCACAAGGAAUUUGUUAAAAACAUUGAAAACACAUCUGUGGAGAGUCUAAUACAGAAGCUGUCUGAGAGCAAGGGAACGGGGAAGGAGAGACCAGGUCCCAUUGAGUUUGAGGAGUGCAACACAGCCAUUGCUACUGAAGGUGCCAAACCGAGAAGGCGAAAACCAUUCAACAUCCCCGGACGCAGGAAAGACAAGGAUGUAGACUCGACGGAGUCAACAGAAGUUGAAGUCGCUAACGCUGCCAAUGGCGCCCCCCCUGGGUAUUAUGGGGCCAUAGACAUCCAGAACGCUAACGUUCCCCAAAUUGAUGCAGAGGGUUUCUGUAUCAGGCCAGAGGUCAAUGAAAAUGAUGCCAAAGAGAACUCCUUCUACUCGUCCAGCGACUCGGAGGAUGAGGAUGAACCCAGGAAGUUCCAUGUGGAAAUCAAACCUGUUCAGCCUAACAAUGGCACGCACCAGAUCAGCGCCACCAUUGAUGAGCUGAAGGCCUCCAUUGGAAACAUUAUCCUGUCACCCUCCACCUCGGGACAGAUGCGGAGGAAUCAGUCCAGGAUCACAGGAGUUCCUACAUUAAGCUCUAAGCCUAAGGGUCCGGGUGAUGAGCUGGCAAAACCCAGAGUGCCAACAUCGUACGAGCUGACAAACAAUGACCUUUUGUCUCUGGACCCGUUGGGCCCAACUCUGUCAGCAGGAUCUGCCUCCUCCCUGUCCACAACAGCAGCCCCUUCAGCUGAAACCGUGCCCGAUCCGGAGCGUUCUCCUCCAGCUGAAGAGAGCCACCGAUCCAAAGACGUCUCCACUGUCUCUUCAUCCACAUCUUCGCCGUGGGAUUCACCAGAGAACGCUUUCCAAGCGGUCAAACCCAUGCCCGCUCGGGCCCAGAGCGCCCCCAUCACCCUGCCUGCCGAGCCGGUCGACCCCAUCAGAAUCCAGCUUGACGGCAGUCCUCCGAAGAGCGGCGAUGCCUUCUCCCAGGCGUCCUGGUCCCAGAGCCAGUGGAUCGCCUUCGGUGACGCAUUCGUUCCACCUCGGCAUCAAGGCGGCGUCAAGGAAACCCAGAGGCCUCAGGCCGGUUCUGGAAGGCAGAGCCGUUUGUUCUCUGACGAUUCUGCUGAUUCUAACAGUAAAACGCAAGGCAGCAAAGACGACGGAAGCUCUGGUUUUACCGAUGCCUUUUCUGGACCGGCCGAUAGAGCGAUGGGUGCAGCUCCGUCGGGCAAAGUAUUGAAUGUGCCAGUUCCGAACCGACCCACAACGCCGCUGACAGCUGGAGCCCUGAUGCCCCCACCGCGACCCUCCUCCAGACCAAAACUGCCCACUGGAAAACUCACAGGAAUCAAUGAGAUUGGGCGACCGUUCAGUCCACCCAAAACAUCCAACGCCAGUCCUCCUCCUGCCGCACCUCUCGCCCGGGCUGAGAGUUCCUCCUCUCUGUCCUCAAAUGCCUCACUCAGUGCUGCCAACACCCCCACCGUUGAGGACGAUGCAUUCAUAGCCAAGCUGCCCACGUUUGAGAAGCGCUGUGAAACCCCAGCAGGGACGUCUCGCGGCCCUAGCCCUGUGACACUGGCUUCCCAAGAUGCUUUGCCCAUUGCCGUGGCCUUCACAGAGUCGGUUAAUGCCUACUUCAAAGGAGCUGAUCCCUCUAAGUGCAUCGUGAAGAUCACAGGAGACAUGACUCUGUCGUUCCCCAUGGGCAUCAUCAAGGUGUUCACCUCCAACCCCUCCCCCGCCGUCCUCAGCUUCAGACUGAAGAACACGGGCCGACUGGAGCAGAUCCUCCCCAACCAGCAGCUGGUUUACAGUGAUCCUUCCCAAAGCGACUCGAAUUCCAAGGACUUCUGGUUCAACAUGCAGGCGCUGACGUCCUACCUCAGAAAGGCAGCAGAUCAGAAUCCUUCAGCUUCCUACUACAACGUGGACAUUCUCAAAUAUCAGGUGCUGUCAGACGGCAUCCACUCCACUCCUCUAAACCUGGCCGUGUACUGGAAGUGCGCGGCGACCACGACAGACCUGAGGGUGGACUAUCGCUACAACCCCGAUUCCAUGGUCUUUCCUGGUCCUCUCACCAACAUCCAGAUCUUGGUGCCGGUGGAUGGAGGAGUCACGUCCAUGCAGUCUCUGCCCAGCUCCGUGUGGAAUUCUGAGCAGAACAAAUGUCUGUGGAAACUUGGGGACAUUUCAGAAAAAUCUGACAACGAAGGUGCCGGGUCUCUGAGAGCCAAGUUUGAACUGGCCAGUGGUCCAUCGAACCCCUCCACUCUGGCCGUGCAGUUCAUGAACGAAGGCACCACGCUGUCUGGAGUAGACAUGGAGCUCCAGGGCAGCGGGUACAGACUGUCCCUCAGCAAGAAGAGAUUUGCCACAGGGCGCUACAUGGCAGAUUUCUGAGUUGUUCUGCUCCUUAGACACACAUCAGGACAAACGUCCUCUCUUGACACACAACUCUGCAGCUUUUCUGACACGUCCUGAACCUCUUGAUCCUCAUGAGCACAGCUGUGCGUUUGCUCAGGAGCCAAGAAUCUCACUACAAUAAAACAGCACUGAGUAUUGAACACUGUCUAAUGAGGAAAAAAAAAAAAAGGAAAAAAAAAAAAAAAAAAAAA